UCCGCGCUGGUCACAUGACCAAAACAACAUGGAGGAAGUGUGAAGGCAACAAAACGCGAUGUUGCGGAAACUGUGUAUUAUUAUCUUAGACCAAGCCUAGUGAGGAUAAAAUGUGGACUCAAACGCCAAAGGAGAAGAAGUACGGCGUUGCUGUGUACAACUUCGAUGGUUCGUGCGUGAGAUUUGGACUGUCGUUGGAGAUAGGAGAGACAGUGCAGAUUCUAGAAGAAUGUUCAGGCUGGUACAGGGGGGCCUCAACCAGGAACAAGGAUAUUAAGGGAAUUUUUCCAGCCAAAUAUAUUCACCUGAAGCCAUGCAAAGUAGACAAUCAAGGACCAUAUGAGAGCGUGAUUCCAGUAGAAGACAGUAUAGUCCAUGAGGUGUCCUAUGUUCUGAGAGAAUGGAGGCACAUAUGGCAGAGACACUUUGUGGAGAGGAAGAAACAGGUGUUCGACACAUUCAAGAAGGUGAUGUUGGACCUGAUGGACUGGAGGCGGCAGUUGAUGUCGGACUCACUGACACAGGACCAGGCUAGAGAACUGAAACAGAAGAUCACAGCCAAGAUAGACUGGGGGAAUGGUCGUCUUGGCCUGGACCUGGUCCCCAGGGUGAACAGUGAACAGGUGGACACAGAGAACAUCUGCCUUCCAAUUGACCAAUUCCCACUAUGCCAUGUAAGAUUUGAGUUCAGACAUUGUUCAACACAAAAACCAAAGCACCUGUUUUCAUUUGGCUUCAUACGCCUCCAUGAUGGAGUGACAAUCAGAGACGGGAAACAUGAACUCAUUCUAUACAAGUGUGAGGACUACGUGAAGUUAAAGAACGUGUCCCACUAUCUCAGCCUCCCGUCAACCACUGAAGAUGUCACUCACACAAACAGCAAUAAAUAUUUCACCAAAGACACAGAGGACGCCACUAUCUACACCACGCUUUGCUCAACUAAACAUACGCAAAAUGUUGAUAUCCUGGGAAUUCUGAAGUGGAGGGACCCCAAGGAAAACCUGCUGCAGAACUUACAAAAGCUGUUACGCAUAGAUGGGGAGGAGAUUGUAAAGUUCCUCCAAGAUAUUCUAGAUGCAUUAUUUUCCAUGUUGUCAGAGAUGAGUGAGAACCAGCCUGAGCUGCAGGUGGUUUUUAAAGCACUGGUCAAGAUAUUCAACAUGCUGGAGACAACCAAAUAUGAACACUUUAAAAUUGUCAUGGACACUUACAUCACAGACCAUUUCUCUGCUCCACUGGUUUACAAGGAUCUCUUGCGCUGUCUGCAGGGAAGGAUUGAUGCCAUCACAGCCACUGUGGUCGACAAACAGAAAAACCUGCAGAAUGUUUUCAAGGUCCUGGAAUACAUCUUCAAAUUCAUUGUGCAGUCAAAAAUACUAUUCACCAGGCAUUCAGGUGGCCCUGCAGCUGAAGAGGAAUUUAAAUCUUUACUAACUGCUGUGAUGAAGUCUAUGGGGACAGCUCUACAUUAUAACAAGGAGGCCACAAUUCAUACCCAGUGUGUUUUGCUGCGAUCGUUCAGUGGCAUCUACAAUGAUCUUUUGCGUGUAGUUUCCAAAAUGGAGCUUAGCAGCAUGAUCUGUACCCUGAUAGCCAGGAUACCCCGCGAUGUCCACUACCAGCUGGCGCAUGUCAAACUCUUGUGUCUGCGAGACACUGUUGGCUCGGUUCUCUUUCAAGAUCCAGAGUCCAGACACACCCUGAUGCCAAUGUGCCUUGGUCAGCUGAAGUACUACAUGAUUGAAAAACAAGAGCUCAAGGAGUCCACCGCCAUCUUGGGAGACAUUCUCGACGCCCUCUAUGCAAAUGUACAGUCCAAGACGUCUCAUGCGGACAUAGAACACGUAGUGACCGGCAUGUUGCCAGUGGUGUUACAGACCGUCACAGCUGCAGACAGGAGAAGUGAAGUUGCGCCUGACACGGGACUGCGGAGAGCACGUUACUCGCCCUAUGUGAUAAACCGCCUGGAGGAGGGUCAACUGGUCGCCUGUCUGAUAGGCAUGCUGAAGCUUAUGGACGAGACGCACUAUAAAUCAGUAUUAGAUGCCUACGUGGAUGGCCCCAGACUCAAGGGAUUCCUCCUGAAAGUACUAACGGUGUUCCAAGAACUAGUGGGUAAAGAUGUCUUCCCAUCUGACUGGAUCGUGAUGAGGAUGGUCACCAACAAUGUCAUUCUGACUGCAAUCCAGUUCUUCUCCCAGGCCCUAAACGACCAUUUCCUUCACGGGGACAGCUUUGACUCACAGCUGUGGACGGAGUGUUUCAAACUCGCCGUCGCCUUCCUGACGCAGCCUAGUCUGCAGUUGGAGACGUUCUCCGAGGCCAAGAGAGCUAAAAUACGGGAAAGGUAUGGAGAGACAGACAUGAGGGUGGUGAUGGGGUUCCUUAUACUGUCCAUGUGGCAGAACCUAGGAGAGCACAAGAUCCACUUCAUCCCCAGCAUGGUGGGACCUUUCCUUGAGGUGACGUUAGUGCCAGAGACGGAGCUGAGGAAGGCCACACUUCCCAUCUUCUUUGAUAUGAUGGAGUGUGAACAGAGACAUAGAGGGAACUUUAAACAGGUUGAGAGUGAGUUGAUAGACAAGCUUGACAUCUUGAUCAGUGAAAACAAAGGAGACGAUGAAUACAGGGAGCUCUUCAAUGCUGUGCUUUUGGACAAAGUUCAAGCUUCUGAGACCUCCUGGAAGGAGAAUGGCACCAUUUUCAUCAACUCUGUUACCAGGUUACUGGAGAGACUGCUGGACUACAGAAAUGUGAUGAUGGGAGAUGAGAACAGAGACAAGAGGAUGACUUGUACUUUUAACCUGUUGAACUUCUACAACAAUGAAAUUCAGCGGGAAGAAAUGUAUGUGCGAUACAUCUACAAACUUUGUGACCUUCACCUUGCUGCAGAGAACUACACAGAGGCUGGUUUUACGUUACAACUUCACGCCAGCCUGCUAGAGUGGUCAGACACCAUGCUUCAUGCGGACCACAAACAUCCUCACGCUGAGUUUGAGUGGCGGAGGAAAGAGGGACUUUAUAAACAGAUCAUUGACUAUUUUGAUAAGGGGAAAGCGUGGGAGUAUGGCAUUCCACUCUGCAAGGAACUGGCUGAUUUAUAUGAGAAAACCUACGACUAUGCAAAUCUUAGUAACAUUUUGAAAACCCAGGCUCAAUUUUUUGAUAAAAUCUUACAUGAGUUGAGAGCAGAAUGUGAAUACUUCAAAGUGGGCUUCUAUGGCAGAGCUUUCCCUAUGUUCUUGAGGAACAAAGUUUUUGUCUACAGAGGAGAGGAGUAUGAGAAAUUGUCUGCGUUCAACCAUCGUCUGCAGCGUGAGUUUCCUGCUGCCACCAUAAUGAGCAGUAACACGCCGCCAGACGACAGCAUAUGUAAUGGAGACGGACAGUACAUUCAGAUCUGUAACAUCAAGCCCAUCCCGUGUGACUUGGAGGUGUUUCGUAGCCUGUCUGUGCCACAAGCCGUGAAAAACUUUUACAAAGUCAACGACAUCAAGACAUUUCAGUACUUUGUUCCAUUCCAUAAAGGAGUCAAGGAUAAGAAUAAUGAGUUCAAGACUCUGUGCCUAGAAAAAACAACUUUAAAAACAGGCCACUCUCUGCCGGGAAUUCUGCGCUGGUUUGAGGUGCAGGAGAUAAAGACAAUAGAGCUCAGCCCCAUCGAGACGGCCAUAGACACCAUGGAGAACAUGAACAAGGAGUUGCGGAAUCUUAUCAGUCAGUAUGGCCAUGAGACCACCCAGAGUCUUAAUCCACUCACCAUGAGACUGAAUGGGGUCAUAGACGCAGCUGUUAAUGGAGGCUCUGCUAAAUACCAAGAGGCCUUCUUUUCAGCUGAAUUUGCAAUUCAGAACCCAGAAAGUCUUCACCAUAUCCCGGUGCUGAAAGGACUGUUCCAACAACAGGUGACCCUGUUGGAAGAUGCUCUAGGCAUUCAUGGCCGCUUGGCUCCAGAACAGGUGCAGCCAUUACACAACCGUCUGGUAGAACUGUUUGCUACAAUGAAGGAAUCAUUCAGAUCUACUGGUUCCCCAAUGAUGACAAGACACGCCACUGUGAGGAAGAAGUCAGAUCCUCUCCCUGAUCUCCCAGGUCAAAUACUCCAACCAACCAGCUUAGACUCCGGGGGCUCACCAAGGUCAAGCUCAUCAUUGACACCAACGCCCCCUAGUAGUAAUCGUUCCUCUGGUGUCUAUGGUGAUAUUCCAGAGGAAGAAGAGGAUUUGUAUGCUUCUCCUAAAGAGUCAGCUAGGCAGAGUGUAGUGGCUAGCAAACGUAGUAUGUCUCCCGUGAUAGAGAGACACAGCACGGGGACACGUAGACCCGCCAACUCCUGGCUAGCACAGAGACCACAGUCUAUGAAUAUACAGGAGAAAUUUGAACCCAAGCCACGUCCUGCACACAGACACUCCAGCGAACCCGCCAUAUCGCCCGCGUCACAGCCCUCAGUUAAUGGACCUCCACACAGAAGAGCAGGCACAGUGCAUCAGAAGACUGGCAGCACCUCUUCAUCCUCAACGCCAUCUAUCUCCAGCACUGAGAGUGGCAUUGAUGUGGCGCCACCUAUUCCCAAGAGGCACCAGUCACCAAGUAUAGAUAGCGGAAGUAGCAGCAGGAAAAUGGACUCCAGCUCCUCAGGGGAUGGGGAUAUGGUUUGUCCUGCCAUUCCAGCCAAAGUUCACAAAACACCAGACUCGUCUUCCCCUAAGACCCCAGGCAGCAGGCCUCCCCCAAUAUCCCUGAGGAGUAAAUCCCAACCGUCUAUAGAUACAGGGGCACCUGCUCUACCCCCCAGGGACAGUCCCAGGACUAAAACCAGGCAGGUCACUCCCCCACCCCCUGCCUUACCCCCCAGGGAUGGACACCAUACCCCACACAAAGAAGGGGGAGAGAGUACCUUCCCCAGGUACGAGCACCCUAAAUUACAUCCCACGUUGUCCAAUCCUAAAACAUCGCCAGAAGGUCAGGGGUCAACGGUCCCGCCUCUACCUCCCAAACCAGCCAGUUCACUGAGGUCGCCGCCAGCAGUGAAGACUGAAGCGCCACCUGCAGAGUCAGGGGAUGACAGAGGUGCACCGUCCCCAUCUGAGACCACGACUUCCCAGGGUUCCAUAGCACCACCACCAUCAACGCCCCCUAGGAGUGUGCAGGGACAUGGUAGUGUUCGCCCUAGGCCUGCGCCAAGACAGAAGUCGGUUGAUCAGUCGCCUUCUUGAUGAUUGUAAUAUAAAAAAAUUUUUUAAAGAAUUGAAGAAGUGAAAUUUGCCUGGCAACUAGUUAUUACAUAUAAAGUUCUAGAUUUUUGUACUUAAGCUGAACUCUUGUCAAAUUAAUGAGUCAGUUUUGCCCGAUAACACAAGCCAUCAUUGUAGCACUCAGCGCUUGUUGACUCAACAGUGGCGAGUCAUUGCACGUGCCUCAAAAAUUAUGUUUGUUUUAUGGAGCAGUGAAAAACUUCCCAAAAAGUUAAGAAGGCCUGGUUCUGUUUAGCAGAAGUUUUAAUGACUGAUAGAACUUUUCUGCGUGCUUGAAAGUAUCAGUGUGUAUUCUGGAGUGACAUCAGUGGAAAUAGUGACAUGUGAUAAAAGAUUGACAAAGUCAUAUCUGCAGUUGAUCCCUGUACCUGAAAAUUAGUUUUUAGUUUUCUUUUUUUCCACUCAAAAUACAUAUACUUUAACCAUUUUUUGUGCUGAUGUUUGUAGAUUAUUUGAAAUAUAAUUGUGUUUUAUAUUAUCAGAACUUGUUUUCUAGGUUUCAAGUAAAAUAUCUUCUUAAGCAAACAGCUU